CGACCGACUCAACUAACGAGUUUCUCUUUUCGCUGACGACAUUUUGUCAAUAAAUUGUAAAUUGAAUUGGAUUUUUAGGAAUUUUCAUUAGUGAGUAGUUAUAAUUUCGCCACGAAAAUGGCAGAUAAUGAACAGAAAGCAAUGCAGCUAAUGGCCGAAGCAGAGAAGAAGUUAAACUCUUCAAAAUCAUUCCUCGGGUCACUAUUCGGUGGCUCAUCAAAAGUAGAAGAGGCGGUGGACUGCUACCUCCGAGCGGCCAACCUAUUCAAAAUGGCCAAGAAGUGGGCGCAGGCCGGGCAGGCGUUCUGCAACGCCGCCCAGCUGCACCUUAAGGCGGGAGUACGUCACGAUGCAGCCACCAACUUCGUAGACGCCUCCAACUGCUACAAGAAAUGUGAUCCUAAUGAAGCCGUCUCUUGCCUGCUGAAGGCUAUUGAGAUUUACACCGAUAUGGGCCGCUUUACCGUCGCCGCUAAACAACACCAGAACAUAGCGGAGAUGUACGAGACGGAGUGCGUUGACCUCGCGCGCGCGAUGCAGCACUACGAGCAGGCGGCCGACUACUUCCGCGGCGAGGAGUCCACUUCGUCAGCCAACAAGUGUAUGCUGAAGUUGGCGCAGUACGCCGCGCAGCUCGAGCACUAUGACAAGGCCAUACAGAUCUAUGACCAGAUCGCAAAAUCAUCCCUAGACAACAGUCUGUUGAAAUACAGUGCUAAAGAGUACAUGUUUCGAGCCGCUUUGUGUCACCUGUGUGUAGACGUGUUGAAUGCUCAGCACGCGAUCGAGAAGUACUGCAGUUUGUAUCCCGCCUUCGCUGAUACCAGGGAGUGCAAGCUCAUUAAGGAACUAAUCGAACAUUUGGAAGAUCAAAACAUAGACGCGUUCACUGAAGCGGUGAAGACUUACGACAGCAUAUCCAGACUUGACCAAUGGUACACGACCAUGUUAGUUCGCAUCAAGAAACAAAUCAACGACAACCCCGAUCUCCGUUGAGCGUCCGAUCGUCUAUGUCAACAUAACGCCGUCAACGCCGCGUGAGUCUGCUCUAUAUGUUUCAACUCAGAGGUUUCAUUAUUGAAAUGUGUUCUAUAAAUGUAAUUCUGUUCAAUUCCUGUUCAAAAUUAGAAUCGUUUAAAAUUAUAUCUAAAUUCGGGAUUUGAAAUAACAUCGUUCUAUAUUUAAAGUUACAAGAACGUUUGAAUGCACUUAUUUUGCAAAUUAUGUUUAAAUAAAAAUAUUUAAAUAAAUGUUAUUUAGUUAUUUGCUAUAUUUAGAUUUUCGCAGAUAUUACCUAAUUUGUGUUUGGUUCGCAUUUUUAUAUUCGUAUAUAAUGUAAAUUGAUUUGAUUACUAGCAAGUCUACAAUACAAUUGUACAACGAAAUAAAAUACCUAAAAACAAAUCGUGACAGAAUUUUCUGAAUUUUGUUUGUUAAUCACAGAAACUUCAGGAUCUAAUAUAAGGGGUCAAAUUUGAAAUCUAUAAAGCUUUUUUGAUAUAAUAAAAAUGAGAAGGACGGCCAUUUGUGCUCAAAUAUGAAUGUGAAUCGUGUAUGGCGGCGUUGACCGAAUGAUUUUCUUAAAAACUUUGUAGAAUAUUCAUUAUGCCUAUUUCAAAUGUAACGUCUAGGAAGUGGUUUGUUAUGUUACACUAUCGUCUAAAAUAAGUAUUGAGUCGUAGAUUUAUAUUAUAAGUUUGCAAUGUAAAAAUAUAUGUACGAUUUGAAAGUCCCAAUUCUUUGUAGGUUUCGUAAUUCUCAAAAACGACUAGUAUUGUUAGAUUAUGACGUCACUCGGUUAAUAGCUGUCACCCUGUCUAGAAAUAUGGUGUGAUCAAUUUCUGGCCCUAUAAAAACUGUUAAAACAACUUAUUAACGUGUUAUAAGUUUGUAACCAAAUAUAAACAUAAUAACGUAUUCCCAGUUGGGGGCUGUGACGUCGCGAAGCCCGAUACAAUAAUAAGAUUCAAAAAUAUUUAUCUUGUUGCAUAUCUAUAUGUAUUGCGUGUGUCGAUUGUAUCAAUAUAUUUUUGCAUUUAGACUGAUGAAAGAUAAAGGCGCAUUAUGUGUCACGGAUGGUUCAAUGAAUAUUUUUUACCUAAUGUAUUUCCGUUCCUGAAAAAUCAAAAUUACCUUUAUGAAAAAGAGCCGUCAAACAAAAAAGGAUCGUCAAUGUUAAAAUUGAAAUAAUAAUUAAAAAAAUGUAUGUCUAGUCUGCGUGGGAGAGUAUUUUUCAGAAAAUAUAUGUUAAAAAUAUCAUUCAACUGCCAAUAAGGGUUUAGAUAUUACGACUUCAAAUAUGGAGAGAAAAUAUCUAAUUUCUCAACUGAGCCCAUUGAAAAGUAUGUCUUUUGCGUUUAAAUGGCAGAUCAUUAUUAUAUUUGCCUCCAGCAACGUAGCUAGGCAUGCAAAUGCCCUAUGGCAAAACAUAAAAUAGGACCCAUCAAUAAUAUUUAAUAUAGUUUGUUCUGUAUUCGAAGUACUCCAGAUUCGACGCAAUCCAGAUUAUCAAUGAGAGUAUUACUGUAAUAAAAUACUGGGGGGAGUAUUUCACUAGGUUCUUCUAGCCCUACGUUAGCUACGCCACUGUAUGCCUCUAAAUAUAAAUUUAACGACUAUUUAAAUAGUGAGGUUUAUAUAAUUAUGAAUGAUAAAUAGAUCAUUGUAGUCUAAUUGAUAUGGUUCCUUAUUUAAAUAUAAUUGUAUGAAUGACGAUAGGGUAACAUAAUGUUUUAGUAUUCGAGAUUAGGUCGUUUAAAUCUAGAUAUUAAGUUGGGUAUAAUCGACGUUUUUUUAAAAAUAAAUAGUAUUGGUACACUACGUCGUUCCAUAUGUUAAGUACACUAAUUUUAUUUGAGUCCAAAGGUACUCCAAUUUAAUUUAUAUUCAUUGUUUUCGUAAUGAAAAACACUUCUGUACCAUUUUUGUAUCGUAUGUUUAUUUUUAACCGUAUUUAUGGACAAUGAUACCCAGUCCAGUCCAUUCAACAUGACGGCUAUGCCGCCAUUUUGUUUUUACGACAUUUUGUUGUAACCAUGGAUUGGUUCUAUUCUCAUUUAGAGUUAAAUAUUUAUAACAUUUAUUUUUGUUGUUGUAAAUAUUGUCUGUUUCGUUAUUAAUAAAUUUUAUAUUUAUAA